AUGAAAUUGUUAAAAUUCAUUACGUGGAAAAUUCGAUUAACUAGUUUGAAUGUUAUUAUAACAACCGUGAAACCUUCUUUAGCUAAUCUGCAUAUGAAUUCUAAACCACCAAGUUCCAUUGAAACUGCACAAGAAACGAAUCCCUCUGAAUUCAAUUUAAAUACUUUCAUGCAUCAUCACUUUUAUUUGCUGAUGUUAUCGCAAUUACCCAUUACGGGAAGUACAUGA